UCUCAUUAUGGGAGAUGUGGACGACGUCGAAGGCCUCCUAGAGUCGGAACUGACAGCAGAAGACAUAGACCAAGCGAUAGCCGCCACCAGUAAGGCUGACUCGGCCGCCCAGAGCGACACGAGCGACAGUCGCACCUUCAAUGACCAGUCAGUGUUGCAGGACGAGGGCGUGGAUGACCCGGAGCUGGAGGCGAUCCGCCAGAGAGUGAGAGAGAUGGAACAGGAGCAGCUGAAACUGAAACAGAUGCAGGAUGAGGUCGAGAAGCAGAUGUUGACCACGCAGGGUGGAAAUGCAGCCCAGAGAUCCUUUCCCUCCCAGGACGAAAAAAUGGAAGCUGACCAAAGGUCAGUGUACGUAGGCAAUGUAGACUACAGUUCAACUGCGGAAGAGCUGGAACAACAUUUCAACGGGUGUGGGGCAAUCAACAGAGUCACAAUCUUGUGCGACAAGUUCACCGGCCAGCCCAAGGGCUUCGCUUACAUCGAAUUUAGUGACAAAGACUCUGUAGAAACAGCCCAGGCUCUAAACGACUCUUUAUUUAAGGGCAGAGCAAUAAAAGUGACAGCCAAAAGAUUUAAUGUGCCCGGAGUUAGCUCAACCAAUCGGGGAGGAGGAGGUGGCUUUUUCAGACCCCGCGGUAGAGGCGGCGCUUUCAGAGGGGGAGGCGGGGGCGGAUACCGAGGGGGUGGUUUUGCAGGCUACAGACCUGUCUACAGAGGCCGCGGAGGUUUCAGAGCUAGACGGAACUGGUAUUCGCCUUAUUGAUUAUCACCAUGACUGAAUUGGGCUUAUUCGAUUCAGUUCCAAGACUUGAAUGAGUUGAUUUAUUAGCAAUCUCUAAGUUCUGGAAACUAUUAUUUGUUUUUGUUUGUUCAGUUUACGUAAUUUGGCGCCAUGUACUAUUCAUAUUUUUAAUAUGCUGAUUAGCUUUUUAUGUCCGAGAGUCCAAAUUAUAGCCUUUGACAUACUUUACGUAUGAUCAAGCUUCCUUAAAAAAGAAGAUUUGUGAUACGAGUAUUUCAAAAAAAAAAUAGCAAUUGAAUCAAUCAGAACUCC